CCCAUUCCCAAUCUCUCUUGCCAAACUACAAUCUUCUUUAUAAGUCCCUAAAAACCCCUCCCCUUCCCCACACCAAACUAAAAAUCAAUGGCUCUCUACUCACCCCUUCUCGUCCUGCUAGCAACGCUACCCACUCUCUUCUUCCCUUUCACACUAGCCAUUUCGUCCACCGGCCUCUGCUCAGCUCCGCCAGACCACGACUCAACCCUCCACAUCCUACCGACCUACAGCCCCUGCUCUCCUCUCCAACCUUCCACCCCUCCCUCCCGCUUCCUCGACACCCUUCUCUUCCUCUCCAACCGCGACGUCUCCCGUUUCUCAUACCUUUCCUCCCUCCUCGCCGCCGCCCCGACUAGCCACCGCUCAUUUGUCCCCAUUGCCUCCGGCCGUAAUCUCCUCCAAUCCUCCACCUACGUCGCCCGCGCUUCUUUAGGCACUCCCCCUCAGCCUCUCCUCGUUGCCCUCGACAUAAGCAGUGACGCCGCGUGGUUCCCCUGUUCAUCCUGUUCCGGCUGCACUUCCUCCUCCGCCUUCUUCUCUCCUAACCGCUCCUCCUCCUUCCUCUCCCUCCCCUGCAAUUCCCCUCAAUGCACACAACUUCCCAACCGUUCCUGUCCAGCUAAAACUUGCACCUUUAACCUCACCUAUGGCGCCGCUUCCAUCUCCUCUGCCCUCUCUCAAGAUUCCCUCUCCCUCGCCGCCGACUCUAUCAACUCCUAUACAUUCGGCUGCGUCGUUUCCGCCUCCGGUGGUUCCAUUCCCCCUCAAGGUCUCCUCGGCCUAGGCCGUGGCCCUCUCUCCUUCCUCUCCCAGACCAAAAAUCUCUACUUUUCCACAUUCUCCUACUGCCUCCCCGGUUUCCGUUCCCCAAACUUUGCCGGAACCCUCCGCCUUGGUCCCUCAGGCCAACCCAAGCGAAUCCGCACCACCCCUCUCCUCUCCAACCCACACCGUCCUUCUCUCUACUACGUUAACAUGACGGCAAUAAGAGUAGGGCGUAAACGCCUUCUUAUCCCACCAGCUGCUCUCGCCUUCAACCCUUCAACCGGCGCCGGCACAAUCUUCGACUCCGGCACAAUGUUCACUCGCUUAGUCUCUCCGGCAUACACCGCCGUUCGAGACGAGUUCCGGCGACGGGUUAAUUCCCCUGUAACCUCCCUCGGUGGUUUCGACACCUGCUACAACGGAUCGGUUGUUCUUCCCACAAUCACAUUCGAGUUCGAUGGAAUGAAUAUGACUCUAUCAGAGGAAAACACCGUGAUUCACAGCAGCAGCGGAACUCUUUCCUGCCUGGCCAUGGCGUCGGCGCCGGAUAAUGUGAACUCUGUACUGAACGUGAUUGCCAGUAUGCAACAGCAGAAUCACCGAGUUGUCUUCGAUCUGCCUAAUGGCCGAGUCGGUGUCUCACGUGAACCUUGUACGAGUUGAAGUUCAGCCCGUGACUAGCCGUUGAUCAAUUUCAAAUUUUUAAAUAAUUAAUGCUUUGCUUUAGCCUAGUUAAUUUGUACGUCAAUGGAUAUUAAUGUCCCAUUUGGUUGUUGUGUUUGUGUCGCAGCUUUAUUUCAGCUCAAUUUUCAUGUCUUGUUAUGAACUUUUAUACUGUUUCUGACAGCUUGUGCUGUUAAAAAAUUAAUUGUCAGUGUUGGAUUUUGUUCAGCUUAA